AUGACUACGACAAAACUUCCCAGAGAGACUGCGGACGCACUGUGCAUGACGAUAUCUUCUGAUGAUGUCGCAUAUGCCUCGAAUAUUCUCAAGCCUUCAGGACGCCAUCCCCUCGAUAUCUUCUCAAUUUGGCUUAAGCCGAGACUUCACCUCCAACCCAACGGUACAGGGCUUUGUCUCUCACUUGUUCGGGCCAAGGUCCGACCGCCGUCGAUAUCAAGAGGCUUCCUGAGCCAAGGCUAG